GUCACGGUCAACAAGAAUUUUUAAACAAUGAGUAAUCCAUUUCUCUGAAAGUUAAAUCAGAACAGCAUGAUUACACCACCCGAUGGCAUCUAACUGAAGGACACCUGAAAAAGUCAAAAAUUAUUUCACCAUAAACACAUUGAUAUAUACUCUAGCAGAACUGGUUUGUGAGCAGUCGGUCCAGAUUAGUUGGUGCUCCAGAAGACUCUACUAUCUUAAACUGUUACGAUGUCCAGGUUUGGGCUGCUUGCUGUGGUCAUGGUACUACAAGUGUGCCUGACUAUGGCGGACGUUCCAGCCGAAAGUGAAUCCCAAGGGAUUUUAGAGAGGGCCAAAGAGAGAUACAAGGAAAUGAAGGAUAUGGUUGUGGAUGCUGGCAGUACAGCUUUCGAAUUUAUUCAUAUGUACUACGAGGACCAGGUGAAGCCGGUGACUGACAAAUACACCGAGUGGGCUCAGGAGAAAGCAAGUGUUUUUUGGGCUGCGAUCAAAGAUAGAGUGUCCAGCGAUGAGUCUGUUUAAAAUUACAAAAUAUCUACAAGAAUCCGUAAAUCCUGUGGAUGUGGAUGUGUAUUUAACGGAUCGUUCGAUGCUGUGCAAAGUAACCUCAAACAAACUGCAAGUGCAUGGCUAAGUAAAUAAGUCAUGUGAUUAUCCUGAAAUGUCAUUUUUAUCCAAAUGAAAUAUGCAUCUGUUUUACCGAUAUGAUCAUGUGUAACGUCUUCAUCUUUUCUGCGCAUCGAUGACAAAUAAAAACGUGAUGAAUCAA